UUUGCAAUGCCACGGGUUACAUACACGUCGUUGGUUCUCAUCCCAGAAUCUCCUCUGCCUCGCUGCCUUGCUGCCUCGCUGACUCCCUCCUCUCUCUCUCUCUCUCUCUCUCUGAUUAAUCUUUUUCUUACCAUUUAAAAUUUAUAACAGUUAAUUAAAAGCUCUCUCUUUCUCUCGCUAUUUGUGUAUUUCAUUUCAGUACCCCUGAAAACCAUCGCAGAGAGACCAAGAAAACGAAACCAAAGCUGCAUACAACUUUGAUCAUCAGCAACAACCUUGUACGGUUCUGGUGGUGGCAGAAUCGAGGAACUUUUUCUGUUGGUCUGUGAAGGCGGUGGUGGUGGGAUUUUUGGGGUGAUAGUUUUUUGAAAUGGUGGGAGAGGGAAACAUCAAGGCUGAGGACUUGAACUUGUGCUUUGAGAAGCUGAAGAUGGAAGGAAGGGUGAUGAUCACCGAUUGGAAGGAUAUUCCGAUGGAGCUGCUUCUGCAAAUCCUGGCGCUUGCCGAUGAUCAGACGGUGAUCACGGCGUCUGGAGUCUGCCGUGGCUGGAGAGAUGCUGCUUGCUUGGGCCUUACUCGUCUCUCCCUCUCAUGGUGCACCAAGAACAUGAACAGCUUGGUCCUAUCUCUAGCUCCUAAGUUUACGAGAUUGCAGACUCUAAUACUGCGGCAAGAUCAUAAACCCCAACUUCAGGAUAAUGCUGUUGAGAGCAUUGCAAACUUCUGUCAUGACCUGCAGGUCCUGGACCUCAGCAAAAGCUUCAAGCUCAGUGACCGCUCCCUAUAUGCCUUGGCUCACGGGUGCCCAAAUCUUACAAAACUAAACAUUAGUGGGUGCUCGGCAUUCAGUGACAUUGCUCUUGAAUAUCUUGUUGGAUUUUGCCAAAAAUUGGAAGUCUUGAAUCUUUGUGGUUGCGUCAGGAGUGCAUCAGACAGGGCAUUGCAGGCUAUUGGGCGUUACUGUAGUCAGUUGCAGUCUCUGAAUCUUGGUUGGUGCGAGGAUGUAAGUGAUGUUGGAGUUAUGAGUUUGGCACAUGGAUGCCCUGAUCUCAGAACUGUUGAUUUGUGCGGCUGUGUCUUAAUAUCAGAUGAUAGUGUGAUUGCUUUGGCAAACAGUUGUCCUCAUUUGCAAUCGCUUGACCUUUACUACUGUAAGAACAUUACAGACAGAGCAAUGUAUUCCUUGGCCCAGAGUCUAGUGAAGAACAAGCCUGCAGCAAUGUGGGAAUCCCAGAAAGCCAGGAACGACGAGGAAGGGCUUAGGACCCUCAACAUCAGCCAAUGCACAGCACUCACCCCUUCUGCUGUUCAGGCGGUGUGCGACUCAUUCCCUGCACUUCACACCUGCUCUGGAAGGCAUUCCCUCAUCAUUAGCGGCUGUUUGAACUUGACGUCCGUGCAUUGCGCCUGUGCUGUCCAAGCUCACCGCACUGCCAACGCCUUUCCUCAUUCAGCUCAUUGAACCGAUGAACGGAGAUUAGGGUAACAAUCUGGAAAAGUGUUGAAAGGGCCGAUAACCCUUAACCACAUUACAUGUGUUUGUAUUGAGAUGUAAGAUAUUGGUCGCAAAUGGGCAGCAACCAUUUGUAGGAACCUACGGACUUUAUCUUGACUUAUGUUAUCGGUUUUCGAAUA